UCGGUAAGCGGAACCAGGCGAGAGAAAUAAAUAAAUAAAUCCGGAGACAAAGAGGCUUUUAAUCCUGAUUAAGCUUCAAUAUUUACAUCUGAUUACACCAGAGGAGAGAAAGAUGUCCAUGAGUGAGGAGCUACCAGACAUGGAGGAUCAAGAUCUGUUAGGAAUGUUGUUCCCAGAGGAGGAUCCACAGACUGAUGAUCUGUUACUCACCGAGGCAGAGAAUCUCAUCAAUGAUCUGUUUUCUAAACAGGAAAUGUGGAACAGUGCCGACACGGAGGAUUUCCUGAGCCAGCUGUUGGGCGACGAGGACGACGGUUUCACGCCCCCCUCCGCUCCGUCCUUCUCUCCGCUGGGCAGUGACAGCGGUAUUUCGGACGACCCGAGUCUGAGCCCCCACAGCGAGCCUGAGGGCGUGAUGGAGGGCGUCGCCGAGUACGUGAUGGAGUGUGUACAGGAGUGUAACGAAGCUCAGGUGGUGGAGACGGACCACUGUUACUCCUUACAGAGCGUACGCACCGAGAAACCCGACACUGACGUCUUUAUCGAUCUGGACGACGUUGACGAGGACAUGGACAACGACGACUUCUCCGAUGAGCUGCUCACUCUGGAGAACUCGACACACGACAGCAAAUCUGAACUGCAGUUCCAGUUUAAGACGAUCGAACUGACCGAAGAGGAGAAGAGACUGUUAGCCAAGGAGAACGUGACCAUCCCCACCGACAUGCCCCUCACUAAGGCUGAAGAACGAACUCUGAAGAGAGUGAGGAGGAAGAUCAGGAAUAAACAAUCGGCUCAGGAGAGCCGCAAGAAGAAGAAAGUUUAUGUGGACGGACUGGAGAGCAGGGUGGCGGUUUGCACCGCUCACAAUCAGGAUCUGCAGAAGAAGGUGGAGAUGCUGCAGAAACAGAACAUCUCUCUGUUGGAGCAGCUGAAGAAACUGCAGACCAUCGUGAAGUUGAGCACGCUGAAGGUCAGCACCACCAGCACCUGUGUGAUGGUCUUCUUGCUGUCGUUCUGUCUGAUCGUUUUCCCCUCCAUGAAUCCGUUCAGGAGCUCCGGUCAGAACGAUCUGUACACCCCGUCUACAGGAAUGUCCCGGGCUCUGCGUUCAUACCCCCCGCUGCCUAAAUCGGAGGUCAUACCCAGCUCCAACGAGGUGGUGGAAGACGAGAACAUCCUGGUGGUGGAGAAUAAUCAGAUCCUGCUCAAUCAGACGCCCGACUACCAGCAGCUCGACCAGUCCGACUCCGAGUCUGCCGUCAGCAGCAACUCCUCGUCCGAUUUCCCCAGCGGUGCCAACAAGCACGCCCACCCUCAGGCACACUCUCAAUCGGAACCGGCGGCACCCCCCGUGGUGUACGACGGUCCGAACACGCAGAAGGAGAGCUGGAUAGAGCAGACGGGUUCGGCCGUUAUCAUCCAACAGCAUCGAUCAGAUGAGAUGUAGACACACACACACACACACACACACACACUCUGAUGUAUGUAAACAUGCACUCAGACGGGACAGGGUGGAAUAUUUUGUAAAUCUGCUGUAUGUAGGCAUGUGCCAAUGAUUGAAUGUGUAAUAUGUGGCAUUAGUAGCACCUCACGGACCCCCUGGACUGCAGACAGGAGGGUGCCGAGUGUGUGGGCAGCAUUCGUGCCUAUAUUUCUGUUCUGAAGGUGGUGGGAGGUUGGAACACACCUGAUUUAUGUUUCUGGGUCAAACAAACAGUCUAAACUGGUUUUUCUAAUAUGUUUCUUACCAGAAAUAGUAAAUUUAGCAUCCAGAAUCCUGGUGUGACCAAGCUGGAGUCCUGGAAGGGUCCUAAUUUAGCAAAUCUGUGCUUAAAUUGCCAAAAUGUGAGACUCACAGGUUCCUUCAUCCACCCUCCCAGCCUCUUCUCACCAUUAACUACUGCGUACGCUUCUUCUCGUUUUUGUUUUGCACUUUCUUGCCUUAAAAUCCAUCCGUUCUUCGACACACUCUCGUCCUUGUGACUACAGAGGACGUUUACAUCAGCCUCUCAUCCCUCGGCGGGCGUGACGAUGGGGGUUUUUCCAUUUUUGAGCCAUACGAGGACGUUCAGCCAUGUAGUAAGAUAAGGAUUUUGUUCUGAAGCUCAGGAAUUCGAAUGAAAUUUCUAAUACGAUCGUUAUUCAGCCUAUAUGUAUGAUCGCCUGGUGUUGGUGGAUUAGGUUAGAGGUCUGUGUGAAAAAGGUAACACACUGUAGAUGUAAUAAUAGUACUGCCGCAUUAAUAACAUGGCAAACGCAGAGCAGUGCUUCGUUUAGUUAGCAUAAUAAAGCUCAUAUAAUAUAUAAUAAUAAUAUAUUAUUAUUUUGUUUUAUUUGUUCUUUUUUGUGAAUUUCUUUUGUUUUUAGAUCAGACUGUGUUCGUUAUACAUUAAUCCCAGCAGGCGGCGCUAAUAUACAAGUCAGUCAAUUCAGAUCAUAAUAAAUUUAAAUUUAUAUAAUCAGAUUUUUAAAUCAGCUUGAUUUAUUAGUAAAAUUCGUAAUAAUAAACCUUUUGCUGAGACAAGAUUCGUUCUUUGUGAAUAAUUGGGACAUUAUAAUGUAAACAUCUACAGAACUUGAUCACUGUAUCGAGUGUAAUAAGCGCAAUGCUGAAAUUUUAGCAUGUCACAGUUUAGUAUCAUAUAAAAUAUACCGUUUUAAAGAGAUAAAGCUUAUUUUUGUAUGUUUUAUUAUUUAUAAUUUGUUUUUUGUCCCUCAGUGAUGCAGGUCUGUAGAUCAGACUUGUGCUGUCAUUCUGCUCUCAGACCAGCAGGCGGCGCCAAUCAUGCAGAAUCUGAAGCUUCAGUCCAUUCAGUUAAUAAACAGAUUAUUAUUAUUAUUAUUAUCUGACUGAUUCUAAACUAUUUUUCAUUAUUAUUCCUACACUAGUAUGUUUACUGGUUGUAUUAUUAGUAGAAUAUUUUAUUUUUAGGCUUUUAUUAUGUUUAAUAUUCUUAUAGAAUAAAAUGAUUUUAUUUUUGACACAAGAUUUGGUCUCAUAAUCAAAAUCUGCUCAUAUUUGUACCAGUCAAGUGAGAUUAUUGAUUGGAAUGAGUGAUCGAAUAAUUGAAAGUAAACAUUACAUAAAAUCAUCUUGAUUUGUGGUGAUUUGGUGCUGAUGGUUGUUUACAUUGGCACAUGUCUAUGUAGAAAUCAGUGUAAAUAAGUAAAAUAAGGAAUUAAACCAUAACGGAUGAAUAUCUGUUCGACAGAAUCAGCAGUCAUGAUGCUUUGAUCUUUCCUGGAAUUGCUGUAAAUAAAGCUUCAUAGGUGUAGAACAGAAUAAAUGUAGAAUCUGUUAAGCCGCACUGAGCACAUUAUUAUUAUUAUUAUUAUUAUAAUUAUUAUUAUAAAUGUCUGAUUUCUGUUUCGGUCUCGUGUUGUAUUUUUUUUGCAUGCCGAUUAUUUCGUUGGUGUUUCAGCAAGAUCAGAAUUUUAUAAUCAUGUACCUGUUACUGAACAAGCUCAAUAAAAUAAAACAUUCCUUUAUUAUAAA